CAAAACCCUCGCUCAAUAAAUGCCAAAAUACAAAAUGUUAUUGUUGUGCGGAAUAUUGAAGAUGAGAAAUUACCUAGUAAUUCAAAGAAUGUGAUCAAAUUUUCUGACUUUAAAGUUUGUUUAAAAUGACCAGCUUAUACUUUGAUAUAGAUGAAAAUCAGUGGCCACUCAUAUACGACGAAAAGUACAAUGUGUCUGUUGGCGGUUUAGAGAAAUUUCACGUUUUUGACGCCAAGAAAUGGCGUAAUAUUAUUCAAUACUUAAAAGAUGCAGAAUUUAUCACUGAUGAGUGUCUAGUGAAGCCUAACGAAGCACAGAAAAGAGAUUUGAGACGAGUUCAUACAAAACGAUACCUAAAUUCAUUAAAAUGGAGUAUGAAGGUGGCCAUCAUAGCAGAAGUGCCCAUGGUUGCGUUGCUGCCGAACAUAUGUGUCCAGUAUGCAUAUUUGAAGCCUAUGAGACUUCAGACCGGCGGCUCAGUGUUGGCUGGGAAGCUGGCGCUGGAGCGCGGCUGGGCGGUGAACGUCGGCGGGGGCUUUCACCAUUGCAGCGGCGACCGCGGCGGCGGCUUCUGUCCCUACGCGGACAUAACGCUGCUCAUCCGCUUUCUGAUGGACAGCGAGUUGAUACAGAACGCUAUGAUCGUCGACCUGGACGCUCAUCAGGGUAACGGCUACCAGCACGAUUUCCUGGGCGUGCCCGAGGUGUACAUAAUGGACAUGUACAACAGGCACAUCUACCCCAAGGACCGCGAGGCGAAACAGGCGAUCCGCCGGAAAAUAGAGCUCGGACACAGAGUGGAAGACCUGGAGUACAUGCUCAAACUGAGGCAUAACCUAAAAGCGGCGCUGAACGAGUUCACGCCAGACAUUCUGGUGUACAACGCCGGCACAGACAUCCUCGACUCGGACCCUCUCGGCAACUUGAGGGUUAGCAGUGUGGGUAUAAUAAAACGCGACGAGUUCGUGUUCGAAAUGUGCCGAUCGCGCAAGAUCCCGAUCGUGAUGCUGACGAGCGGCGGCUACCUCCGGAAAACUGCCAGGAUCAUCGCAGACUCCAUCAUGAACUUGCACAGUAAGGGGCUGAUCACUGGCCAGUGUCCGGUGCCCGAUGAAGAUUAGAACCCCAGUCGUUACCGUUACAUUAAGAAAUAAUCGUUCGAAAUUCAAAAUCUCGUACACCGAAGAUGGUCUGUUUAGUUCUAUACCGGCCAGUGCCCGGUGCCUGAUGAAGAGUAGGACCGUAGUAGUUUUUUUGAAUACUCGUUCGAAAUUCAAAAUCUUGAACGAACUCCGAAGACGCGACGGUCUGUUUAGUUCUAUACUGGCCAGUGCCCGGUGCCCGAUGAAGAUUAGAACCCGUCGUUACAUUAAGAAAUAAUCGUUCGAAAUUCAAAGUCUCGUACACCGAAGAUGGUCUGUUUAGUUCUAUACCGGCCAGUGCC